GCCAAAGGCGUCCUAACGCAAAAACUGGGACCUUGGCGUCGGCCGGUGGCCUACCUGUCCAAAAAGCUAGACCCAGUGGCAGCUGGGUGGCCCCCUUGCCUACGGAUGGUAGCAGCCAUUGCCGUUCUGACAAAAGAUGCAGGCAAGCUAACCAUGGGACAGCCGCUAGUCAUCCUGGCCCCCCAUGCAGUAGAGGCACUAGUCAAGCAACCCCCUGACCGCUGGCUAUCCAACGCCCGCAUGACCCACUAUCAGGCGAUGCUCCUAGAUACGGACCGGGUCCAGUUCGGACCGGUGGUAGCCCUAAACCCGGCUACGUUGCUCCCCCUACCGGGGAAAGAGCCUCACCAUGACUGCCUCGAGAUCUUGGCCGAGACACACGGAACCAGACCAGACCUCACGGACCAGCCCCUCCCAGACGCCGACCACACCUGGUAUACAGAUGGAAGCAGCUUCCUGCAAGAGGGACAACGUAGGGCUGGAGCAGCGGUGACCACCGAGACCGAGGUAAUCUGGGCCAAGGCGUUGCCAGCCGGGACAUCCGCCCAGCGAGCUGAACUAAUAGCACUCACCCAGGCCCUAAAGAUGGCAGAAGCUCACUUACAGGCCCUCCAAGCAGUACAACGAGAGGUCUGGAAGCCACUGGCCGCUGCCUAUCAGGACCAGCUGGACCAGCCAGUGAUACCACACCCCUUCCGUGUCGGCGACACCGUGUGGGUACGCCGGCACCAGACUAAGAACUUGGAACCUCGCUGGAAAGGACCCUACACCGUCCUGCUGACCACCCCCACCGCUCUCAAAGUAGACGGCAUCGCUGCGUGGAUCCACGCCGCUCACGUAAAAGCGGCGACAACCCCUCCGGCCGGAACAGCAUCAGGACCGACAUGGAAGGUCCAGCGUUCUCAAAACCCCUUAAAGAUAAGAUUAACCCGUGGGGCCCCCUAAUAGUCCUGGGAAUCUUAAUAAGGGCAGGAGUAUCAGUACAACAUGACAGCCCUCAUCAGGUCUUCAAUGUUACUUGGAGAGUUACCAACUUAAUGACAGGACAAACAGCUAAUGCUACCUCCCUCCUGGGGACAAUGACCGAUGCCUUUCCUAAACUGUACUUUGACUUGUGCGAUUUAAUAGGGGACGACUGGGAUGAGACUGGACUCGGGUGUCGCACUCCCGGGGGAAGAAAAAGGGCAAGAACAUUUGACUUCUAUGUUUGCCCCGGGCAUACUGUACCAACAGGGUGUGGAGGGCCGAGAGAGGGCUACUGUGGCAAAUGGGGCUGUGAGACCACUGGACAGGCAUACUGGAAGCCAUCAUCAUCAUGGGACCUAAUUUCCCUUAAGCGAAGAAACACCCCUCAGAAUCAGGGCCCCUGUUAUGAUUCCUCAGCGGUCUCCAGUGACAUCAAGGGCGCCACACCGGGGGGUCGAUGCAAUCCCCUAGUCCUGGAAUUCACUGACGCGGGCAAAAAGGCCAGCUGGGAUGGCCCCAAAGUAUGGGGACUAAGACUGUACCGAUCCACAGGGACCGACCCGGUGACCCGGUUCUCUUUGACCCGCCAGGUCCUCAAUAUAGGGCCCCGCGUCCCCAUUGGGCCUAAUCCCGUGAUCACUGACCAGUUACCCCCCUCCCGACCCGUGCAGAUCAUGCUCCCCAGGCCUCCUCAGCCUCCUCCUCCAGGCGCAGCCUCUACAGUCCCUGAGACUGCCCCACCUUCUCAACAACCUGGGACGGGAGACAGGCUGCUAAACCUGGUAGAUGGAGCCUACCAAGCUCUCAACCUCACCAGUCCUGACAAAACCCAAGAGUGCUGGUUGUGUCUGGUAGCGGGACCCCCCUACUACGAAGGGGUUGCCGUCCUAGGUACUUAUUCCAACCAUACCUCUGCCCCAGCUAACUGCUCCGUGGCCUCCCAACACAAGCUGACCCUGUCCGAAGUGACCGGACAGGGACUCUGCGUAGGAGCAGUUCCCAAAACCCAUCAGGCCCUGUGUAAUACCACCCAGAAGACGAGCGACGGGUCCUACUAUCUGGCUGCUCCCGCCGGGACCAUUUGGGCUUGCAACACCGGGCUCACUCCCUGCCUAUCUACCACUGUGCUCGACCUCACCACCGAUUACUGUGUCCUGGUUGAGCUCUGGCCAAAGGUGACCUACCACUCCCCUGGUUAUGUUUAUGGCCAGUUUGAGAGAAAAACCAAAUAUAAAAGAGAGCCGGUGUCAUUAACUCUGGCCCUGCUGUUGGGAGGACUUACUAUGGGCGGCAUAGCUGCAGGAGUAGGAACCGGGACUACAGCCCUAGUGGCCACCAAACAAUUCGAGCAGCUCCAGGCAGCCAUACAUACAGACCUUGGGGCUUUAGAAAAGUCAGUCAGUGCCCUAGAAAAGUCUCUGACCUCGUUGUCUGAGGUGGUCCUACAGAACCGGAG